GCAUUGCGUGAAGUUUUUCCAUCCUCCUCUCUCUCUCUCUCUCCGUCUCUCUCUCUCUCUCUCUCUGUGUGCCGGAGCAGAGCGAAGGGGCGGCGGGGGGAAAGACUAUCCUCCUCCCCGGCCCUCUCUCCCGUCAGCUGUCAGCCCGCUCGCCGCAGUUAAAAAUCUUUUAAAAUAUUAAUUACUUCAGGGACCGACUCGACCCACCGACCGACUGACAGGGGAAGAUCCAGGAGCGUGAAAGCUUGACGUCCAGACUUAAGAACGGCUUUUUCCUCACGGCUUCCAGACUCCUGAAGCAAACAUCUCGCCUGCUCCACCUGCAUUUGCGACCAGCACCUUCAUAUUCCUCUUGGGCGGCCCACAGCCUAACGGAGUCAAGUCCGCACAGAACCAGAUUCAGAUGGUCCAAACCCACCCGUUGAGAACGUUGGAGCCAGCAGAGGGCACACUUUGAGCUUGCAUCACUUGGUUGGAUCUCAGCGAAUGUCCCAGAGGUAAAAGGUAAAAUGGGAGCGAGCGAGGACGAGCUGAUCGGGAUACCAUUCCCGGAGCACAGCAGCGACCUGCUGAGCAGCCUGAACGACCAGCGGCACCGGGGGCUGCUGUGCGACGUGACCAUCGUGACCCAGGGCCUGGAGUACCGCACCCACCGGGCCGUGCUGGCCGCCUGCAGCCACUACUUCCGCAAGCUCUUCACCUCCAAGCCCUUCAGCGGGCAGCGCAACGUGUGCGAGCUGGACUUCAUCCAGCCGCCGGUGCUGGCCGCCCUGCUGGAGUUCGCCUACACCGCCACGCUGACCAUCAGCAGCGCCAACAUGCGGGAGGUGCUGCGGGCGGCCAGGGUGCUGGAGAUACAGUGCGUGGCCGACGCCUGCCUGGACAUCCUGCGCUGUAGCGGGGAGGGGGAGCAGGAGGAGCAGCUGUUGCAACAAGAGCAGCUGUUGCAACAAGAGCAGCAACUAUUGCAACAGCAGCAGCAGCAACAACAACUAGUGGAGGAAUCUGCAUCUGCAGACCCUCUCCUCCACCACCACCCCCACCACCACCACCACCACCCCAAGGAUGGCACCUUCCCGGGCGAUGGUCUCGCCCAAGAGAUGCCCAAGAUCCGGCGUCGCAAGAGGGCCGCUUCCAAGAAGGCGCCCCGCAUCACCCUUAGCAACCGCGGCUGCCUCUACCGUAUCGUGCAGCCCCUCAGGACUUCCAACAACCAUAAGCUGCAGCUGAAGCAGCAGCAGCAGCAGCAGAGGCGGCCCGCCCAGGACCAGGGGUACAGCAUGGAGGUGGAGGGCCGAGUGGCCGCCAGGCCCGAGGAGGAGGAGGAGGCGGAGGAGCCCCUCGACUACCGCCCCUUGCCGCCGUCGCCCGCGGACCGGGAGGGGGACGGGGAGGGGGAGGGGGAUGGCCCGGAGAUCGACUCCCUCUCCGCCUCCUUCCCCUUCCCCUUCCUCUCCUCGCUGGGAGCUGCAGCUGCCGCCGCCUCCGGCCCGGCCUCGCCCGACAACAAGCCGGGGGGCCGGGGGGCCGGGGGGGGCCGCCGCAAGUCGCAGAUGCCCCAGGAGUGCCCCAUCUGCCACAAGGUGAUCCACGGCGCUGGCAAGCUGCCCCGCCACAUGCGCACACACACCGGGGAGAAGCCCUUUGCCUGCGAGGUGUGCGCUGUCCGCUUCACCAGGAACGACAAGCUGAAGAUCCACAUGCGUAAACACACGGGGGAGCGCCCGUACUGCUGCAACUGCUGCGACGCCCGCUUCCUGCACAGCUACGACCUGAAGAACCACGCGCGGCUGCACACGGGAGACCGCCCCUUCGAGUGCAGCCAGUGCCGCAAAGCCUUCGUGCGCCUCGACCACCUCCACCGCCACCUGAAGGGGCAGAACUGCCUGGAGGUGCGCACGCGCAGGCGCAAGGACGACGAGGGCGGCGACGACGGCGACGAUGGCGGCGACGACGGCGGCAACGGCGACGACGGCGGGGUCAACGGCGACUCGGCCGACGGCAAGGGGGCGGACGGCGGCGAGUCCGGGGCAGAGUACGGGACCCCGGUGAGGGAAGACGGGAGUCUCCGCACCGCCUGGAGCCACCUCGCCGGCGCCUGGGACCAGGAGCCACCCGAGGAGAUGGCGGCCGAAGACUCCUCCUAACGCCGCAGGGCGGAGACGUCUUUUGUUCCCACGCCGUCCCGCGGGCGGAGAUUUCACCGAGUCGCAGAACACACGGAAACGUCCCAGCUCGGGCCCGUCCGAUCCUGACCUCGGGUGCUAUCUGUGCGGAGUUUGCACGUUCUCCACGUGACCCGCGAAGAAAGACGCAAAGCGCCGGAGUUACUCAGCGGGACAGGCAGCAUCUCCGGAGAGAAAGAAU